CGUGUUGACGUCACCACGCACUCGAUUAUCUGCGUACGUCACGGCGCACUGUCGUAGUGACGUCAACGCGCACGCGAGGCUUUGCUGCCGUGACGCGCCGAGCCCGAUGGGAGAGGCAGAUGCGGGCGGCCUGGCCCCGUGCUGUGCCCGCUGCGGACACAGAAUCAGCGACCCGCGGUUCGUGCAGGCCCGAGACGCAGCCUGGCACAACGCCUGCUUCAGGUGCUGUGCGUGCGAGAGGGGACUGGCUGCCUGGUACUACGAGAGGGAUGGACUCCUCUACUGCCAGAGGGACUUCUGGGAGAAGUACGGCGAACCCUGCAAGGCCUGCAGCCUCGUCAUGACGGGGCCUGUCAUGGUGGCCGGCAGUCAGAAGUUCCACCCGGAGUGCUUCAGCUGCGGCGCCUGCGGGGAGCACAUCGGGGAUGGAGACACCUACGCCCUGGUGGAGAGAAGCACGCUAUACUGCGGCACGUGUUACCGCGAGCUGGUGGUGGCCCCUGCGGUGGAGCGGCUGUCCCCGGCGUCUCCGGCGGCGGCGGCGGCCACGCUACCGCACACGGUGUCCCUGCUCUCGCUGCCCGCCGGCGGCGGCGGCGCCAACCGCGGGUUCUCCGUCACCAUCGACCCCUCCGCCACCGCCGCCGACACCGGCACCGGCACCGGCACCACCGGCACCGGCACCACCACCGGCACCAACAACAACAACGCCACCAACAACUUCGCCGGCUUCACCAGCAGCAACGCCACCGGCUGUACCACCACCGGCUGUACCACCACCGGCUGUACCACCACCGGCUGUACCACCACCGGCUGUACCACCACCGGCUUCACCGCCUCCACCGCCGGCUUCACCGCCUCCACCACCACCAGCACCACCACCGGCUUCACCGCCUCCACCACCACCUCCACCACCACCACCACAGGCUUCACCACACUCACCGCCACUGCCGCAGUCUCUCCGGCUGCUGCCGUGGUUGAUGGCGGCGGUGGCGGUGGUGGCGGUGAUGCCGUGAUGGUGGAGAGCGCGGAGGGCAACGGGAGGGAGAGGGGCGGAGGUGGAGGAGUGGCUGCCCACAGCGUGCGUGUGCACGAGGUGGACUCUGAGAAUCUGACGGCGGAGGUAAAGAACACCAUCCACGUGGGGGACCUCAUCCUGGAGAUCAACGGCACGCCGGUGCACAGCGUCUCCCGCGACCAGAUCACCCAGCUGAUCAGGCAGACGGGACAGUCGCUCCAGCUGACGAUAGAACAUGACCCACACCACUGCCCCUCCUUCGCUACGGGCGGUGGUGGGGGCGGUGGUCAGCAGUGUGGAGGCAGUGGAGGCGGUGGAGGAGGAGGUGGAGGCGGCGGGGCCGGCGGCGGCGGCCCCGCCCCCGGCAGGAAGGAGCUGAGCCGCUCCGAGUCGCUCCGAGUCGUCUCCAAGCCGAGCCAGCGAGUCUUCCGCCCCUCCGACCUCAUCCACGGCGAGGUGCUGGGCAAGGGAUUCUUCGGGCAGGCCAUCAAGGUUACACACAGAGAGACGGGGGAGGUGAUGGUGAUGAAGGAGGUGAUUCAGUGUGACGAGGAGACUCAGAAGACGUUCCUCAAGGAGGUGAAGGUGAUGAGAGGCCUUGAGCAUCCAAACGUCCUCCGCUUUAUCGGAGUUCUCUACAAGGACCGGCGUCUCAACCUCAUCACGGAGUACAUUGAGGGUGGCACACUGCGUGAUACCAUACGUAACAUGGAUGACCCCCUCCCCUGGACACAGAGAGUUGGUUUCGCCCGCGACAUCGCCGCCGGAAUGGUAGAGCUCCGUGCAGCUCCACACAGACACAAAGACAGAGACACACAGAGACAGACAGAGACAUUCUGA